AUGUGCGGAAUUGUAGGCUAUUACACCUAUAAUGUUCGUAAAGAUCUACAGUUUGUGCUUGACUGCCUUUUUAACGGCCUAAAAAGGCUAGAAUACCGCGGAUAUGACUCUGCCGGUGUUGCCUUCGACGUUGAUGUCAUAUCAGAGGAGAACGGUGUGUUUGAGUCCACCGGGCCCCUGAUCGUGAAGGAAGUGGGAAAAGUUGACGCGUUGGAACGUAUGACCUACGAUAUCGUGGCACGCGACCAGUUGGACCUGAAACGGCAGUUCCGCAGCCAGGUCGGCAUUGCGCAUACGCGUUGGGCGACACAUGGCCCGCCGUCGGCAGUGAACAGCCACCCCAUCCCGUCGGAUCCAGAAGGACAGUUUGUCGUGGUACACAAUGGCAUUAUUACAAACUAUAAUCUCCUCAAGGCCUUUCUGAUUAAGCAUGGUGAGGUCUUCAACACGGAGACGGACACGGAGGUGAUUCCAAAGCUCUGCAAGUUCGUCUACGACCGGCUGGCGGAGAAGCUCGUGAUGGAGGUUUUGAAAAAGCUGGAAGGCGCAUAUGCAGUGCUGGUUAAAAGCACACACUACCCAGGGGAGCUGGUAGCCUGCAAGCGCGGCAGCCCAAUGAUCCUAGGCAUUAAGGAGGAGCCGGGGGCACGUCGCACCUCGUUCAGCCGCUUGCACGACGCUGCUGACACCAAGUGGCGUCACGAGGCCAUCGAGUGCUUCAUCGCGUCCGAUGCCAGCGCAGUCAUCGAGCACACGAAGCGGGUCAUCGUGCUGGAGGACAACGACGUCCUGCAUCUGUGCAGUGGGGGCUAUGGUAUCUACAACACGGGCGGUGACGACGUGGAGGAGGCCGUGCCUCGCGUGUUGCUGACUUUGCAGAUGGAAGUGGAGCAGAUUAUGAAGGGCGGCUACGACCACUUCAUGCAAAAGGAGAUUCACGAGCAGCCGGAGUCGCUGCUGCAGACCAUGCGUGGUCGGGUGCAGUUCCAGCGGCCUGCUGUGGGCAAUCCGUACCUCAACCAGCGUAUCAAGCUGGGCGGCUUGGCGGAACACGGCGCCACCAUCAGGCGCUGCCGGCGGAUCCUGUUAGUGGCGUGCGGCACUUCCUUCCACGCGUGUCUGGCGGCGCGCCAAACGCUGGAGGAGAUGUGUGAGGUGCCGGUCUCCCUGGAGCUGGCGAGCGACUUCCUGGACCGCCGCGGUCCCAUCUUCAGGGAUGAUACGUGCAUGUUCUUGUCGCAAAGCGGUGAGACGGCCGACACGUUGCGCGCCCUGGAGUAUGCUAAGGCGCACGGUGCUUUGUGUGUGGGUGUCACCAACACGGUGGGCAGCGCCAUCUCCCGCAUGACGCACUGCGGCGUGCACCUCAACGCCGGCUACGAAAUCGGUGUGGCGUCCACCAAGGCCUACACCUCGCAGAUCAUUGUCAUCACGAUGAUGGCGCUGCAGCUGGCGGAGGAUUCGAUCAGCAAGCGCGAGCGACGGGACACCAUAAUUGACGAACUGGGCCAGCUGCCCGGCAAGGUCCGCCGUGUGCUGAUGCUCGACAGCGCCAUGCGAGAGCUGGCGGAGCAACUGCGCUCGGUCAACAGCUUACUGUUCUUCGGGCGAGGCUACAACUACGCCACCGUGCUGGAAGCUGCGCUCAAGGUCAAGGAGGUGGCUUUGAUCCACAGCGAGGGCAUGCUGGCUGGGGAGAUGAAGCAUGGGCCGCUUGCGCUGGUUGAUAAGCACAUGCCCAUCGUAGUUGUCGCGACACGCGACGGCAUGCUUAAGAAGAUGGAGAGCGUCAUCCAGCAGCUGCUCGCACGUUCUGCGCAGCUGUACAUCCUGUGCAAUGAAAACGACGAGAGUAUGAAACAGUACGAAGAGAAGGGUUGCAAGCUCAUCCAGGUCCCACAGACGGUAGACUGCUUGCAGCCGGUCAUCAACAUCGUACCGCUCCAGCUGCUGUCCUACCACCUCACCGUAUUGCGCGGCUUUAACGUGGACCAACCGAGAAACCUGGCCAAGAGCGUCACCGUCUCGGAGGAGCACUGAGCAGCUCUCGAGGGGGGGAGUCUGGCUCCGGUGCAUAGAAAUAUGAAAUGCCAGUGGCAGUGCGGCUUACCAGUAUGUGCCAGUGGUAUUGCAGAUUGCACACAGCAGAGCCAUUGGCUGGCAGAGUAAGCGGCGUGCGCUGGCACGCCCUGUCAAGACAUGGAAAUGCAUGAUGCGCAUCAUUGGGCAUUUGGCCGCGAUGUGAAACCUUCUCGUAUUUGCACGACUUAUGCUGCGGUACGGCGUAGUGGUGCCAUUGCAAUAUUAUGCACGAAAAACACAUAUGGGUCGGUGUAAGUUGGGCGGGCAUGAGAGUGUGCUAUGGGAACGCGGUUGCGUUCUGGGAGGCAUAGACUCGCUACGUGGCCGUCCUAGCCAGAGCAUGCAGGACUGGCUUGCGACGGACUUAAUUUAGACUUGAGCGUUAUGAUAGAUCUAGAGCUUGACAAAAGGAUGGUAAAGCGACGCCAUGUUACAUAAAGCUGAACUAUGACUGUCAUGAUAAGCUGAGAACUAUUAAGGGCCGUUAAAGGCGUCUGCGGGGAUGUGUCUUUUAUAUGUGUAUGGAUAUGUACAGUUUUCAAAUGCCCUUAGACGUCUGACACAGGGUUUUGGUGCGAGCGGGAGAGUGCAUGCCAAAGCACUGUAUUUGUCAUGAGCUGCGCAGACCGCUUAAUGUUACACCUUUGGGUCUUG